CCUCUGAACAAUGGAAUAGUCUCAUACAAUGACUCAACACUGGGUCUGUACACUGUGGCCAACUACACCUGUAACACUGGCUACACUCUCAAUGGAGGGAGCUUGUCCAGGAGAUGUAUGAGUGGAGGGAGAUGGAGUGGGCCAGCUCCAGCAUGUCAAGAAAUUACCUGCUCUGACCAGACUAAUCCGACCAAUGGAAUGAUCAACUACAAUAAUAUGGGGACUGUUAGUAUGAGACUAGUGGACACUGUGGCCACCUACACAUGUGACACUGGAUACACUCUCAAUGGAGACAGCACCAGGACUUGUGGGAGUAAUGGAGAGUGGAGUGGGUCAGCUCCUAUUUGUCUGCAAAAACUGAUUUGUUCUGACCUCACUCUUACCAAUGGAUACGUUACCUAUGUUGGUGAUAGAUCUCCUGACAAUAGACCAGUGAACACUAUAGCUUUCUUCCACUGUAAUCCUGGCUAUACCCUCAAUCUCACUGGAGGGAGCUCUUUCAGGGUCUGUAUGAGUGGAGGGAUCUGGAGUGGGUCAACUCCAACUUGUCAAGACAUAGGACCGACUGAUCCUCCACCCACCACCUGCUCUAAACUAACUAAUCCAACCAAUGCAAUGAUUGGCUACAAUAUGGGGACUGCUAGUCUGAGACCAUUGGACACUGUGGCCACCUACACCUGUAACACUGGCUACACUCUCAAUGGAGACACCACACACAGGGUCUGUGUGAGUGGAUGGAUCUGGAGUGGGUCAACUCCAACUUGUGAAGGUUUAAUAGUAAUACAUGCCACGGUGUUGAGCAAUAAAGUAUAA